CUCAUAGAAAAAACUUAGCAGCUCUACUCCAUACAAACAGCUGUUAAUUGUUGUUUUUAUUUUGCAAACUUUGUACAUUUGCUCAUCCCAAAUAUAAAAGUGUUUUCAUAAAAUUUAAAUUGAUUUAAUGCAAAUGAAACAACUCAGGAAAUACAACGGCCAAUAUCAAUAAAUAUAAGUGAAUAUCAUGAACGAUAGCAGCGACAGCAAUAGUAGUCAAGGGACUGCUACUAGUGUACUUCCUUUACCACAUAUACCUGUAGUGACAUCAGUUAGCUGUUGCCUCAUACUAUCAGUGGUAUAUGUAGCUAGCUUAUAUGUAUGGAAUACCAAACAUAAUCGCGACCACCCGGCGACUGUUAAGAGGCGCUUCUUCAGCGUUUCGAUAGUAAUGCUAAUUGCACCUUUAUUUGUAUAUAAAUUUUCAUCUCCAGAUUUAUUGGAGCGUGCAACGUUUGCGGAGGUACUAGGAUUGCGAUGGCAGGGGAUCUUUCCAGCUAUCGUGUUACCGUAUUUGCUAACAAUGUUAUUGUUUUUAGGACCACUUUGCGUGCAAAUGCAGAAUGAGUCGUUGAAAAUGUUUAUGGAUACUGACUAUUGGAUCGGCUCGUUUAAAAAUAUACUUUGGAUACGUAACCAUGUAAUGGCGCCGAUUAGUGAAGAAUUUGUUUUUCGUGCCUGCAUGAUGCCACUGAUCCUACAAAGUUUCUCCCCCUUGACCGCUGUGUUCAUUACGCCACUAUUCUUCGGAACCGCGCAUAUACACCAUAUAGGUGAGCGCUUAAGCUUGGGCAUGGAAUUAAAGACUGCCAUAGUAAUAUCAUGCUUUCAACUGACUUAUACCACAAUCUUCGGUUUUUACUCGGCUUUCUUAUUCGCGCGUACUGGUCAUUUUGUUGCACCAUUCCUUGUGCAUGCAUUUUGUAACCACAUGGGUCUACCUGAUGUGCAAGACUUGUGGCAACAACACUUGGUACGACGCGUGCUUCUAAUUAUGUGUUACAUUGUUGGAUUUCUUGGUUGGAUUAUAUUACUGCCAAUCGCUACGCAGCCUUCACUAUACUCCAAUAACUUGUAUUGGAAUGUUUAAUGCGAUGGAGGCACAACUCAUUCGCAAUAUAUACAUAUGUAAAAACACAAAUGUUAAAGAGACAAAUGUGAAUUAGGCAUAAAGUUUUAUAUGUAUGCAUAACUGCAUUAAUAUUAAAAUUCAUAGCAAAUACGCUUUUUAUUAAUAAACACCUUCGUUAUACUAAUUUUGUACUUUAAAUUUUCUUUUAAUGUUUACAUAUGUAUUUUAUUAAGCUAAGCAAUUACUCAACAAAGCCAAACAACAAUUUCGUUUGAGUUACCAAAACCAGUUACCAAUUUUAUUUGUGUAAUAAAUAAAAUUUCACGCGCAU